AUGGUUAGGACUUCUCACAAGUUUACUGAGCCUAUAGAGAGAAAAUAUGAAUGGGGAGUUUAUGUGUAUUCUUCUGAGACAGGGACAUGGACUUUCAAGCGGCUUCGCUCCCCUUUUCCUCUCCAACACAGCGGUUUUUACAGGCCCUUGAACUUCAACGGGAUGCUUUAUAUGUGGGAGAAGAGACUUGAUGAUCCUACUGGCCCAGGGGUCCUUGUAUCUUAUGACUUUUAUGCUCAAGACGAUGAUGAUGAGUGCGGGGUUAUACCUCUCCCUGUCCCGGAUAUAAAAUACCCUAGUCCUAGGAGAUGCUUGACUACUUCGUGUGAAGAUGUUAUCUACGUUGAAGUACUGUGUCGGAGAUUGAAGGUUUGGAAGCUCAAGAGUAACGACUCAAAUGGGGAGUGGUGGCAGUUGACGAGAGAGGAGAUCGACAUGGUCUCUGUUGGCUUUGAUGUCGAUUGUUUUCCUUUGGGAAUGAACCCGUUUGAUAUUGAUUUCGUCUAUCUAUGGAGUCGACAACACGGUUGCUUGGUAUCUGGUAAUCUGAGGACACUAGAGUUUACUCUUCAUCAGGAAACGGAGACUUGGAGUGAUGGUGAAGGUUGCUGGCGCGUAAACAAGUACGAUUCUAAGAAGUAUAUGGAUCCAUCCACACGUGGUACUGGGGUUCUUACAUUAUCACAAUUUGUGCUCCCACAGUGGAUGGAUCCGGUGCCCCGUCCCCCAAAUUGA